AAGCUUUCCAGUUUUCUAUCGUCUGGGCAAGCACUUUAUUACGCCAUCUGAGAUCAAACCGUUGAUUAAGGUAGUCCCAUGAACCUUUGAGGCCAUCUUUCACACGUUCCUUUGAUCCGUUCAGUUGACGUUCUGCUGGCGUUGAGCUCAUCCUUUCGGAUUGCUUUCCAUCUUGCAUAGAAUCUGCGGAAUCCAGCACAUUUAGUGCCUGGCUCUUGACAAAAACUUGCUUGCCGGUCAGAUGCCCGAGAGUCACUCCCUCGCAGUGCCCCAGUCCGCAAAUUAGUACGCUACAUUGCACGGCCACUUCGCAAAUCCAAAAGCGUCAAUGUGCACCCACGCACCACCUCUCCGCGAGGUAGCGUAACUUUGAAUGCAGCGCCGCGGCGUGCUUGGCCCCAAGUCCCGUCCCCGACCCCGAGUCAUGUCGAACGUUGUGCGGAACAUCGCGGGGUUCCCUCGGAGCCUGGCCGGCAGGGUGGGCAUGAUCACCCUGCUUGCCGUGGUCCUGAUCAGCACUGCGGCGCUCCAGGUGGCGCUGCCCUGCAAGCCAGCGCUAGAUAGGGCCGACCUAUCAGAGUUUGGAGACACGGGCAAGAUCCUCGUCGUGAUGGUCUUUGCAGGCAACCAGCUACAAAAAACAAUCACGGCCUUAGAAAGAUGGGAGACCGUCACUCCGUGCUCGUCUGACACGACCAAGUCGCUAGCACACCUGAUGCUUUAUACAGACGGGGAGCUAGGCGAAUCGGAAGGCACCUUGAAGAACACAAUCAAUGGCUUGGCCAGUAUCAAAAAGUGCUUCAAAGAGGUGUCUUACGCAUCAGCAGCGCUUACGGGGGUGGACAAUACAUAUGACAAGAAGAGGGAGAACCACCUGUGGGUGCGGGGACCAAACCAGCUGUUCUACACCAUGAUGCUCAAGAUCGUGCCUGGGGAGGAGUGGGCCAACUCGGGCGUCAGCCACCUCUUCUGGAUGGAGCCCGACAACAUCCCUCAGCGUAACGACUGGCUGGAGCACCUGUUGGCCAAGGGGCGAUCUGGCCCUUACUGGAUUCAGGGCAGCAGCUACCGGGGGGACUGCAUCCCGCAGGAAGGUGGCGGCUGCGCGCUCAUCGGGCGCGCGAUCCGGGCGCACAUCAACGGGAACGCCCUGUACCAUAUUGGCGACCCGUCCUUUUUGGACUUUGUGGAUGAGGUCAGCGAAGGCGAGUGGAAGCACUGGCCGUUCGACCUGGCCAUGCUUAAGGAGGUGCACGAGUCAUGGCCCGAGCCGCGCUUCCGGCAGAACGUGCACCUGCUGCAGCUCGUCGACUGGAUCCGCAACUACGGGCCCUAUCCGUACAAGGCGGAAGAUGUGCCCCGCCACGUCCUCUUCAUCCACGCGGACCCCAAGCCCGCGAUCAGCCAGGAGUUCAAGGGCACCUUCACGGAGUCCGAAACGGACUUGGCGGACAAGGCCGCGGCGCAAGCAGCACAAGAGACGGUGCAGCUCCGGGGGGAGCUCGAGCGAGUGAAAGCCGAGCUGGAGAAGGCGCGAGGGGCAGGAGCAGAGCAGAAACCGGCGGGAGAUGCGGUGGCUGCGCGGCUGGGGAACGAGGAGACGCGCAGGAUGCUGCUCCCGACACCGCUCAUGAUAAAGAGCCCCGCGGAAGAGAUGCAAAGCUCGCCCGGCCUCGCCGCCGCGGCCACCCCCGAGGGGAACCUUUUGCUGGGGGUCGUGACGGCCGCCAACGCGCCGAUGCUCGACAACUACGUGCGCCUCGUCGAGACGACCGGCGCAGCCCGGCACCUCGUUCUAGUUCCCGUUGACGCGGCCGCCGGGAAGGCCGCCACCGCUCUUUCGAAACGCGUUGGGGCCAUUGUCCCGUUCAGCGGCGCGCCCAACUCGAGCGCGCGGGUGCAGACUCUGCUCUCGUUGCUGCGGCAGGGGUUCGGAGUGGUCGCUGCUGACGUGGAUGACGUGGCGUGGUUGCGGGACCCGUUCCUGGGCUUCUCGAAGGAGUUCGAGCUGCAGGUGCCGGUCGAUGCGCGGCAAGGGACGCUGGAGACGCGUGCGGGCCGCGAGUGGGAUCCGUAUGUGAGCGCGGGCGUGAGCUACUCGACGCCGACAGCGGCAGUGGUGGCGUUCUGGGAGAACCUGCUCAAGGAGCUGGACGCUGAUCCCGCAGCCGACGAGGGGGCGCUGCUGAGCCAGCUGCUGAAGCAGGCCGGGACGUCGCUCCUCUGGGGCACCCUCAAGCCCGCGCUGUUCCCAAACGGCCCGCACUUCUUCGAAGAGCAUCUGCCUCAGGCGUCCGGCGCGGACCCAAUCGCAGUGCUCAACGAUUGGGUUGCCCCAGCCUCCAAGCGGUACCGGCUCCGCGAGGCUGGCCUAUGGGCCCCCGCCGCACCCGCCCCGGAUGCCAAGUACCUCACGUACUUCGAUGCGAUCGAAGAGAACGGGCUCAACAACCAGCGGCAGGCGUUCCGCAACGCGCUCGCGAUCGCGCGCGUCUUGAACCGCACCCUCAUCAUGCCGCGAUUCCACCGGCGGCACCGGCAGGAGUCUCCGGUGCCGAUGGACUACUUCUUCGACGUCGGGCGGUUCGAAACGGAGUUCCCGGAGGUGCAACCGCACCAUUUCCUGGAGGAGGCGUUCCCCUCGUGGGAGACCCUGCCCGUACAGGUGAUGGACGUUGCCAUCCCGCCCGUCCCGUCGUCCGCGCCGUGGCUCGACCGCGCGGUCAUCGUGAAGCCGGAGCGCGAGUGGCAUGGGGCGUCGCCGGCGGAGCUGCGUGGGUGGUACGGAGCCAAUGAGGAUCCGCUGCUGGUCUUCCACGGCCUCUUCCGGCGCUUCGACAAGUUCGACGACCCCGACGAGCAUGCGCGCUUCAACGAGCAGAUCCACCGCGCCGUGGUGCCCAUCAACCGGACCCUUGAGAUCGCCGACCACGUCAGCCUCGCGGUGGCGGAGGCGUCCCCCUCCAAGAGCUUCGACUGCUUCCACCUGCGGCACAGCCAGGAGUUCCUGGACAGCCAGCGGGACUGGGGGAUCGUGAAGCCGCUGGAUGAGAUCGUGCAGAUCCUGGUGAAGAAGAUGCCGCCGUCGGAGCGCACGCUAUACCUUACGACGGAUGUGCCUACCCAGGAGACGAGGGACGCUUUCCUCGCUGCGGGGUACCCCACCGUGGCGUUCCUGUACGACCACUUCCCGAAGUGGGAGCUAGCGCACGUGCGGACGCUAGAGGGGGAGGUGACGAUGAGGGAGGGCCAGAUCGACCAGCUGGUGUGUUCGCGGGCGCGCACUUUCAUCGGGAACGAGUACUCCACAUUCACGUGGCACAUAGCGUUCCUCCGGCAGCAAGCGGGCUUAGCCCAGGUUAGCGAGGACAUCUAUGACAGGAGCCGGCAAGGGAUGGAAUUCCUGUAGCGUCUGCAAGUCUAGCUACAGCUGCACUGAAACUCUGUGCCACUUGGCCAUUUUCUCUUUGUUCUGGGUUGCCAAUGUAAAU